AUGAAAUCUCCACCUCCUCCAUACCGUUACACCUCACCACCACCACCAGUUAAGUCCCCACCACCACCUUACCACUAUACUUCACCUCCACCACCAACUAAGUCCCCACCACCACCAUACCACUACACAUCGCCUCCACCACCAGUUAAAUCACCACCACCACCUUACCAUUACUCUUCACCUCCACCACCAGUUAAGUCCCCACCACCACCAUACCACUACACAUCGCCUCCUCCACCAGUUAAAUCACCACCGCCACCUUACCAUUACUCUUCACCUCCACCACCAGUCAAGUCCCCACCACCACCAUACCAUUACACUUCACCUCCACCACCAGUUAAAUCCCCACCUCCACCAUACCACUACACGUCUCCCCCACCACCAAUGAAGUCCCCACCUCCACCAUACCACUACACAUCACCUCCACCACCCGUGAAAUCUCCACCACCUCCAUACCAUUACACAUCACCCCCACCACCAGUUAAGACACCACCACCUCCAUACCACUACAUAUCUCCACCUCCACCAGUAAAAUCACCUCUUCCACCUGUAUACAUCUAUGGUUCUCCUCCACCCCCAACUAAUUAUUAG